AUGGAGUGGAUUCUGAAUUCACUUCAAAUUCAACUCAGCCCCUUUUGGAACUGCGCAUUAGGCAAGAUCAUUCAGGAGGUUAAACUUAUUAAUCAAGAAGGCAGGAAGAUAAUUCCAGAUGAAGUUUCAAGAACAACGAGUGGUGACCACCCUUCUCGGCCUGUGAAAUCCGCCCGAAAAGGAGGACUUUCUGAUGUGCAGCUUGAAAAACUCCCUAAGAUCACUGGAAAAGAUUUGAGUUGUGGCAAUGAUUGUGCUAUUUGCUUGGAUGUGAUUGAAAACGAGGAACUUGCUAGGUUGGUUCCUGGUUGCAACCAUGGAUUCCACCUCGAAUGUCUUGAUCUUUGGCUGUCCAGGCAGCCAUUUUGUCCUGUUUGUAGACACAAGCUUCAGCCUGAGUUGUUCAGUCAGGAUGGAAGUAAUUCGGUGCUUGUGCUGGUGGAAGCUAGCAGUAUAGUUGAGGUGCGCACUAGUUGA